AUGCGUACACACACAUUAUUCGCAGUAGCACUCGCUAGUUUCUUGAUCUAUUUUUCAAACGCAUCCGCCGUUGCACCCGUUGAUGGUGUAUUGGCCACUGUCGUCCCUGGAGGCACUGGAAGUCUAGUAGGCACUGCUGCUGGUUUAGUUGCUCCUGCUACAGGACCAAGCCCUGAUAGAAAGAAGAAGAAGAGAAGUGGAUUACCUCUUGCUGGCGCUUUACCAGCUGGCAUUGUCCCGGGUCUCAGCGUCGCUGGCUUAGGCAAUGUUGCUCCCAAGGGUGGAAAGCAAUCUACUGGCGGUUUACUCGAGAAGCGCGGCCUUGUUGGUGGGUUACUGGGUGGCGAUAGUGACAAAGGUGUAGGAUCUAGCCGUAGUGUUCGCUCUAAUGACCGUCAUGGUGACCGAUGGGACGAUGAAGUCACCAAGCGUAGCAAUAUUCAGGAAAGAGAUCUCUUGGGCGGCGGUUUGCCUGUGGUUGGCGGUUUACUAGGUGGCGGCAAAACUGCCAAAAAGAACACUGCUAAGCAAGCAGCAGUGACAAGCGGCAAGGGAAGUCGUGCUCGUAAACCCAGUGGUGGCCGUGGUCGUGCACGAAGCCAAGAAAAUGUGCAACCAGCUGCCAACAAGGCCUCUGGAGGCGGUCUAUUGGGAGGAGGUUUACCUGUUGCUGGAAGUCUUUUGGGUUAG